AAACUAAACUGGUGGAACAAUUUAAAAGCCAAAACCCGUCGGCGCAAAAAUCUAAUUUUCACGCACAAAAAAACACACACAACACGCACUCAGACUGCAACCGAGCUGGGGAAAAAAUGGCGUGUUUGCACGAUCACAGCUGCGAAGAGCACGAUUGCUCCACCGAUUGGUCUCUCUACAAGCACAUCGAUCUCUCCAAGGUAUCUGCGUUGAAUGAGGCUGUUUCUGGAAGUGUGAAGUCGGUGUUCAAAGCUUGGGAGCAGCGUCUUAACUCUUCAGAGGGUCACUUGGAAAGCAACGAAGGAGAUCCCGAGUUGAUAGUCUUUAUUCCAUUUACCUCAGAUGUUAAGCUAAAGAGCAUUUCAAUUGUUGGGGGUGGUGAUGGAACGAGUCCUGUGAAGAUGAGAGCGUUCAUCAAUCGAGAGGGUAUCGACUUUUCAGAUGCGCAGAACAUGCAAGCUGUGCAGGAGUGGGAAUUGGCAGAGAAUUUACAAGGAGUUUUGGAGUACCAGACAAGGUAUUCGAGAUUCCAGAGCGUUGGGAACCUCACUUUGCAUUUCCCGGAUAAUUUUGGUGGCGAUACAACUCAAAUACACUACAUUGGGUUGAAAGGAGAAGCUACUCAGCUGAAAAGGGAUGUUGUUGCAACAAUAGUCUAUGAAAUCACACCAAAUCCUUCGGAUCACAAAACACGAGCUGAUACCGGCGGUGGCCUUUCACACGUGGAGUGAGACUCCUCAAGUUGGCAUAACUGCAACUUAUGAUAUUUAUGGCUUUGCUGUAAAUCUCAAUCUUCAUGAGAUGUAGGUCAGUCUAACUCGAAAAUGGCUAGUUUGUUUCACAGAGAAGUUCAAAUGUUACACUCUUUUCCACCAUAGAAAUGCUGCACUUUCUUAGACUUCA